CUUUUGGAUGCCUUUGCUUGUCCCCCGCCGGGGCCGAGUCUGCCUGCCCGCCAGUGUCGUCUGUGAACCAUGUCCAAAGAAGCGCCGCUCUCGCUUGCCGAGCGGGACUUUAUCCUUGAUGCUGUCCGUGAAGGGGUGCGCCUAGAUGGCCGGGAGGUCGACCAGCUUCGUCCCCUGCGAAUCUCUUUCGGGCGCGAGUACGGGCACGUGAAAGUGCAGCUGGGCAAAACCAGCCUCGUUUCUCGAAUCUCUGCCGAGGUGACGAAGCCUCGCGAUGACCGGCCCUUCGAUGGCGUCUUCAAUAUUGCGAUGGAGCUGACAGCGAUGGGAUCGCCCGCAUGGGAAAACGGCCGUCAGGGAGAGCUCGAACCGUAUGUUACACAUGUCCUCGACCGAGUGAUCCGUCAUUCGAAUGCGCUAGACACCGAAUCUCUCUGUAUUCUCAAAGGAGUCAGCUGCUGGAGCAUACGCGCUGACGUCCACGUCACCGACUACGAUGGCAACCUGAUCGAUGCGGCGUGCAUUGGUAUCAUGGCUGGCCUGCAGCAUUUCCGGCGACCGGACGCUGUGGUGAAAGACGGCCAGGUGAUUGUGUAUGGGGUUGAGGAGAGGGUUCCCGUCCCGCUGAACAUCACCCACAAACCCCUUUCUGUCACCUUCCACACUUUCUGUGACGGCAAGCGCGUCGUCUACGAUGCUACCCGCAAGGAAGAGCAGGCUUCCGAGGGCGAUCUGGUCAUGGGGAUCAACAAUGCUGGCGACUUGUGUUUUGUCUCCAAGUUCGCCGGGGCGCCUGUCGAUGCCAUGACCUUGAUAACUCGAUCCUCGGUUGCGCUCAACAAGGUCAAAGAGAUCAAUGGCAUGAUCGACAAGGCCUUGCAAUCAGAUCUAGCAGAACGGGCCAAGAAGGGCCUGGCAGAGGAGUCUAGAGCGGAAAAUGACCGAAUAAUUGCCUGAAAGUAAUCCCACAGCUGCUCCUCACGAUGUAUGAUAGCAAGUAGAAUACUAUAAAUGACGCGUGAUGAUACCUGACGAGAGCCCACACGUUCCUCUGCUGCUGCCGCCGCCACAGCCUGUCUCUUGCGGCUGGAGGUGCAAAUACAAGCUACUAUUCGGACACGAGGUG